AGACGGCGCCUGCCACGUCUGCUCCGUGGGCAGCUUCAACGAUCGCCACGGCGCUCUCUGUUGCCAGCGCUGUCCCUUCCUCUACGUCACAUGGGGCCGUGGUGCCACGUCGAGGAAAGAGUGCUCUGGUACGCACUCGUCAAGUUUUCCGGACCAAUCGUCCUCGACAACCUGUGCGAGUACGUAUCGAAAGAAGCCAGCGCCUCCAAGUCGGGACCGGGCGCCGACGCCCGCGACGAUGACACGGACGACGGCAUGCCAGACGACGUGUUCGACGGCAUCUCGAAGCUAGUGGCUCGCCUCAAGAGACGCAAGUUGCCGGAGGCCUCGGGCGAAGAAGGCAUCCCACUUCUGCCAACUUCGAAGUCGUCCCUGGCUCUCGUAUCGGAGAGCUCGAACGAAGACGGUGACUUGAGUGCCGUCCGCUUCGACGAGGAUACCUCCGUGGAUGCAACGGACGAUGCUCCGCAGAACACGUCACGUGGCUCGAACGAAGACGACGACCAGAGCACCGCCUGUUUCGACGAGGAGACCUCCGUGGAUGCAACGGACGAUGCCCCGCAGCCCACGUCAGAGGGCUCGAAUGAAGUCGACGAUGGUGACCAGAGCACCGUCUUCGACGAGGACACAUCCGUGGAUGACACGGACAAUAUUCCACAGAUCGUGCCUGUACUUCCUGCUCGACGUCCGAAACGCCCGAGCAUCAUAACACUGGGAGCGCUGGCUUCUGGUGAUGACGAUUACGUCGACCUUGACAAGCAACCCCUUCGCGAACGAUACGGUACUUCGCCGGAAAAGGCGUCUUCGGAGUCUGACGUCGCGCUCGUUGGAAGUCCCGAGGAAGACUGGCUCUCGUCCGGCAGACGACGCUGGAUCGGUCGUUAUGACGUCACCGUGGCGCGGGCGUCCAAGUGCGAGGAACGACGUUUCCUAACGACCACCGCGCUCUCCGAUGGUCGAUGUUCCGAACUAAGCGGUGGUGCGACUUCGUUGCCGGAACAGCGAGCGACGUACGACCUGUUCCUUGAGCGUUGGUCGAGUCGCGCGACGGCGGACGACACCAGUGAAGUAUCGUUCAUGUCGGAUUGCUCUCGAAAUUACCCAAUGGACACAAACGCUUGCGGAAGCUCCACGCGUAGCAGUGGCAGCUGUAACAGAGGGUCCCAAGACGCGCGGUUCUAUAGAGGACCUCUAAAGUAUCAACCGCAAAGUUCCGGAACAACGCUAGCCAGCGCACACUCUUCGUCGGAUCGUCACGUCAUUAGCAUAGCUCCGACUUGGAACUUAGUUUCCGGACAUCACAAAACGAAACGCGGUCGAAAGCCAGCGAGCUGCGAUGAACUCGCGUCCGAAAAAAACCUGAACCCGAGCGCACCUGCAGGCGAUAAAUUGGUCGAAGCACGUGGGUUCUGUCACGGCAAGAUGGACAACAUGAAUAGCGAAGAUGACGUCAUUGGCUUGUUUAGUGCAUCAUCGGAAAGCGGUGAAUCAGAAGCGGCUUCGAGCACACAAACUCGUGACGCAGCUGAUGCGUAGCUGGCGAACUGUAUGCUCCGAGGAUUACGUCACGGCGAGCGAACUGAUGACGUUUCGGAAUCCGCCGAGAGUGAUCGACAUUCGAUGAUUCCAGAGGUCGACUCUUCUGAUGAGACAUUUCUUGGGGAAGAGGUCGAAUAUAGGGAGCCAGGUAUUAGGUGGACAACCCAGAGCGGCCAUAGCAAAACGACACAGACGCUUGAUAUAGUAGUCCACGAAAGUUACCGAGGUUUGUUUUUACAUCGCUGCUAAGUAAA